AAGUUCCAGUCAUUGAGCAGCUACAGCUUGACAGACCAGUUACUUCUAUUGAUGAGGAGAUUAAAAUGCACCCACAAACAGCUGAUCAGCUGAUACGUUACAUUCGACGGAGAAUCAUGACUAAAACAGAUGUUCCAUUCUUAACUGUAGAGGAUCAGAAAAAUAUGGCAGCCAUUAUUGUCAGUGAGGUGAAUGGCAUAUGGCCUGAUGUGAAGAAACAGAUUGAUGAUCCAUUUCUG